GCGGAAGCGAGGCUGGCGCCGCCGGUUCUGAGAACGGUGGCUUAAGCGGGCAUGAAGAUCACCAGGCAGAAACACGCCAAGAAGCAUCUUGGCUUCUUCCGCAACAACUUCGGAGUCCGUGAGCCCUACCAGAUCCUUCUGGAUGGCACUUUCUGCCAGGCGGCGCUGCGGGGUCGCAUCCAGCUGCGGGACCAGCUGCCCCGCUACCUGAUGGGGGAGACCCAGCUGUGCACCACGAGAUGUGUGUUAAAGGAGUUAGAAACACUGGGGAAGGAAUUAUAUGGAGCCAAACUGAUUGCACAGAAAUGCCAGGUUCGAAAUUGUCGUCAUUUCAAGAGUGCAGUGAGUGGAUCAGACUGUCUCCUGUCCAUGGUGGAUGAGGGAAAUCCUCAUCAUUAUUUUGUGGCAACACAGGAUCAGAAUUUGUCUAUGAAAAUAAAGAAAGCUCCUGGAAUUCCUCUCAUGUUCAUUAUUCAGAACACGAUAGUCCUAGACAAGCCUUCUCCCAGGACAGUGGCCUUUGUGAAGGCGGUGGAGUCAGGCCAGCUGGUCUCAGUGCACGAGAAAGAAAGUAUCAAGCAACUAAAGGAGGAGCAAGGCCUAGUGAGGAACCCUGAAAAGAGGAGGAGGAAGAGGAAAAAGAAGGUGGGCGGCCCCAAUCCCCUCAGCUGCUUGAAGAAAAAGAAGAAAACCCCAGACACAAAGUCGCCUGCUUUAGAAAAGAAGAGGAAAAGGAAAAGAAUCCGGAACAGAUCUACCCCAAAAGUGCCUUCUGAGCAGCAGGGAGUAUCCACAGCAUGAUGCGUGCUGUGGGUUCUCUAGAAGGCAGUGUAAAAACUACUGAAACUUUUUACAGCAAAGGACUAAACCUAUUUUUGUAAAUUCAUUCUGGCACAUACACUUUUGCUUAAAAUUAAAGAGUGGUUGGGUUUCUUUAUCAACA